CCCGAGUCUUCCUCCCACGCUCCUCCAGCCCACUCCCCUCCUUUAUUUGAAGGCUCUCCUCGGCUGCAGCUUCCAGUCAGCGCAGCUCUCUCCUGCCGCUGCAGAGGAAUCAGAGCUGAUGGUACAACUGGGUCCCUUUUUCUCCGGUUUCUCUUCCACAAGAUGAAACCUAUACUUAUUGUUGUUUUGGCACUCCUUGCAGAAACUGUAGCGCUUCCCGUUGGCAAGGAGAGGCAAAGAGAGGACGUGGUGGCACGAUGUUUGGUUGAAGUCUUGUCCAAAGCGCUCUCCAAGCCGGACGUUCGUUUGGAUCAGCAAUGCAAAGAUAUUCUCCAAGCAGGGGCCAAAUAUGCCCCAGUGAACAAAAAGACCUCUGAGGGGUUUGUAACUCAGGAAGAUAACUCUCAUGCAGGGGAACCUACGGCAAAAACACCAGAUGUCAAAGAUAUCGAGGAACUCCUGAAAUCCGUGGAGGAAAAGAGGGAAACCCCUGAAGAUGAGCAGGACCAGGAAUCCUGGACUCUGUCAGAAAAGAGAGAUGGGAAUAAGGAUGAUGAAAUACGAGAGAAGAGGAGUGGCUGGAGGCCAGGAAGGUUCCAUCAGAGAAAGGGCAAACGAGGAGAGGAUGACUAUGACCGGAGUCAGGAGAGUUGGGCAGGGUUGGAAAGGAGAGCCGAGGAUGGAGAAGACGAUGAAGAAAGCGAAGAACGAGAGAAGAGGAACUGGAGACCUGGGAGGUUCCACCAAAGAAAACACAAGCGCGAUGAAGAAGAUGGGAGAGAGCCAGAGGAGUACUGGGAUGUGGAGAAAAGGCAGGAUGAUGAGGAAAGAGACAAGCACAUGUGGAAACCCACAAGUCACUAUCAUCACAAGAUUAUGCUCCAGAAAAGAAGAGAUGAACCAUCAGAGGGUGAAGGAUAUGAAGACCGUAGUCAGGAAUCAUGGGAUAUUGACAAGAGGAACUGGAGGCCAGGCAGGGUCCACCAGAGGAAACACAAGCGUGAUGAGGAGCUGUCAGAGGAAGCUAGAGAAGAUCCUGAAGAAGAACGAAGCCAGGAAUACUGGGACUUUGAUACUAGAAGAGAGAAGAGGAACUGGAGGCCUGGCAGAGUUAACCAAAGGAGACACAAACGUGAUGAGGAGCUUUCAGAAGAAGCUAGAGAAGAACCUGAAGAGGAACGUAGCCAGGAAUACUGGGACUUUGAUACUGGAAGAGAGAAAAGGAACUGGAGGCCUGGCAGAGUUCACCAAAGGAGACACAAACGUGAUGAGCUUUCUGAGGAAGCCCGAGAAGAACCUGAUGAGGAGCGGAGCCAGGAAUACUGGGACUUUGAUACUGGAAUAGAUAAGAGAAACUGGAGGCCUGGCCGGUACCACCAGAGGAAACAUAAGCGUAAUGAAGAGCUCAGACAGGACAGCAGGGAAGGACCAGAGGAAGAGCGCAGUCAGGAGUAUUGGGAUUUUGACAAAAGAGAAGAUGAAGAUAGAGAGAUAGAAAAGAUGAAGCCCACUCACCAGUAUCACAGCAAGGGGAGCGUUCAGAAGCAAGAAUCAACAGAGGAAGAGAUGGAGCAGAGGGGGGAUUCAGAAGAGAACACAGCAGAUGAAAAAGACAGAGAUGAAGCCCUGAGGUACCUGCUUGAGAAGCGUAAUCCCUGGAUUAACAGAGGCUAUUACCACCCUGCCUGGUUCAAGAGAAACUCAGAUGAACCUGCUGCAACAUCAACCAAGAUGGAUGAACUGACCAAACUGCUGAACUUCAAGUUAAACCAGCUGGCUAACCACCCCACCAAAGAGGAGGUGAAGAAGGGUUUACAGCAGAGAGUGCUCACACCACAUGAGGAGAAAGAGCUGGAAAACCUUGCAGCGAUGGACAUGGAGCUGCAGAAAAUCGCAGCCAAGUUGCAUGACAAGACUUCAUAGUCCUGAAGCCUUUUAUUACCAUCUGUGAAUAAUGUCAAGUUCUGUCUGUUUGCCUACUUUAUGUGUUUAGAGUUAAAAAUGAAACAAAAAUAAUCAAAGAAUUCUUGAAACAGUUUAACC